AUGGGAAGACUGCAGGCAAGGCAAGAUGAUGUGGAUAAAAUUGAAAGGGAUAUGGCUUGUACUAGUGAACUUCAAUGGUUGUCUCUUUGUUGUUUGUUCAAAGAAAUUAGCAUCAAGGUUUCUUACGGGAAAAGGGUUUUCUCGAUGUUGGAAGAUGUUAAAGAGCUCAUAGAUCGCAAAAUAACUGGAGAUUCAAUGCUUUGGCUGCGCCACCUGAGAGAUGUGGUGGAGGAAAGGGAUCUACUAACCAUUGUUGGUCAGGAAACAGUUCUUGAAAAGGCAUGGAACCAUCUCAUGGAUAAAGAAACCAGAUGA